GCGAGAGGUGAGCGAGCCUGGCCGGACGAGAGGAAAGUAUCUGCUCCGCUGAGGGGGGAAAGAAGGAGCUGGAGACAGAUUGUGGGACCGAUCGCGGGCGGGCGGGAGGCGACGGAGCUACCAGCGGCUCCGCUCUGCUAUAUGAAAUAUGGGAGACGACAGACCGUUUGUGUGCAAUGCCCCGGGCUGUGGACAGAGAUUUACAAACGAGGACCACCUGGCAGUUCAUAAACACAAGCAUGAGAUGACAUUGAAAUUUGGCCCAGCCCGAACUGACUCAGUCAUCAUUGCAGAUCAAACUCCUACUCCGACUAGAUUCCUGAAGAACUGUGAGGAGGUGGGGCUCUUCAAUGAACUAGCUAGCUCCUUUGAACAUGAAUUCAAGAAAGCUUCAGAUGAGGAAGAAAAAAAGGCUACUGCUGGGCCCCUUGACAUGUCUCUGCCUUCCACACCAGACAUUAAAAUCAAAGAGGAGGAGACGGUGGAGGUAGACUCAUCCCCACCUGACAGCCCUGCCUCGAGCCCCUGCUCCCCGCCACUCAAGGAGAAGGAGGUUGCCCCAAAGCCUGUUGUGAUCUCUACCCCGACGCCUACCAUCGUUCGCCCUGGCUCCCUGCCUCUCCACUUGGGCUAUGAUCCACUUCACCCAACCCUUCCCUCCCCAACCUCCGUCAUCACACAGGCGCCACCAUCCAACAGGCAACUGGGGUCUCCCACUGGCUCCCUCCCUCUCGUCAUGCAUCUUGCUAAUGGACAGACCAUGCCUGUGUUGCCAGGGCCUCCAGUACAGAUGCCUUCUGUUAUAUCGCUGGCUAGACCUAUGUCUAUGGUGCCCAACAUUCCUGGUAUCCCUGGCCCACCAGUUAACAGCAGUGGUUCUAUUUCUCCCUCUGGCCACCCUAUGCCAUCAGAAGCCAAGAUGAGACUAAAAGCCACCCUAACCCACCAAGUCUCCUCGAUCAAUGGUGGUUGUGGAAUGGUAGUGGGCACUGCCAGCACCAUGGUGACGGCCCGACCUGAGCAGAGCCAGAUUCUCAUCCAACACCCCGAUGCCCCAUCCCCUGCCCAGCCACAGGUCUCACCAGCCCAGCCCACUCCUAGUACCGGAGGACGACGGCGGCGCACAGUGGAUGAAGAUCCAGAUGAGCGGCGGCAGCGCUUUCUGGAGCGCAACCGGGCUGCAGCCUCACGCUGCCGUCAAAAGCGGAAGCUAUGGGUGUCCUCCCUAGAGAAGAAGGCAGAGGAACUCACUUCUCAGAACAUGCAGCUGACUACUGAAGUCACGUUACUACGCAGUGAGGUGGCUCAGUUGAAACAGCUACUGUUAGCUCACAAAGACUGCCCAGUCACUGCACUACAGAAAAAGACCCAAGGCUAUUUAGAAAGCCCCAAGGAAAGCUCAGAGCCAACGGGUUCUCCAGCCCCUGUGAUUCAGCACAGCUCAGCAACUGCCCCUAGCAAUGGCCUCAGUGUUCGCUCUGCAGCUGAAGCUGUGGCCACCUCGGUCCUCACUCAGAUGGCCAGCCAAAGGACAGAACUGAGCAUGCCGAUACAGUCGCAUGUGAUCAUGACCCCACAGUCCCAGUCUGCGGGCAGAUGAUGCCUCCCCUGGUGGAGAGGUACCCAGCCAGAGCUCGCCCGCCCAGGAGCCAAGAGAGAUAUCAUCUUAUCCCCUCCCAUCUGCCUUGGACAUGGCAACAUGGGGGGAAAAUUGUGUGUUGUGAGUAAUGGACAGAUGUGAGGCUUUUCUCUUCAGCCACAUGGUCCUGUACAUUGACACCUGUACUAGGAGCCUCCCAGCCCCAGAGCCACAUAGAUCAUCCCCCAAGGUGGGGUGGGGCUCUGAUAUAUCCAUAGCCAAAGGCCUUUCCAGAUGGUCCGAACAAUCAGCCCUGCCCGUGCCCGUGUACCUGUCUCUUUUAACACUAACCCUUGGCACUUCUAGGUUUCAGGUUUCUCGGUUCCCUCUCUUCCCACUAAGCUGUGGCUGUUACCUUCUUGUUCCUUAGCAGAAUGCCACUUCCUGCUCGGUAGAGGGAGGCUAGAGUUGAUGGCGUAUCACCCUGUGACCCAUCCCCAGCCACACCGUGGCCUCAGGACUUUAUCUCCCAGUAGCUGCUUAUUUAUCCCUUUUUCCCCUUCCUAAACUCUAGGUAAAGCCUUCACUUAAUGGAGAACGCAAGGUUACCGUUGCUGUGUGAAGUAGCAGUCUUUUCCAUAAACUUUACUCCUUCUCCCUACCUGCCACCAAAACAAAAAGCAAAGCAAAAAGAAAGCAACAAAACCCCAAGAGUUUUUCAUCUAUUUCUGGAGCUAUUUGGGUACCUCAUUUUGUCUCUCGAGUUUUCCCAGUCUAGUGGGGGGCCUUUUCCACCUCCCACUAAGCCUUGGCAGCCUCGGCCUGUGGCCUUCUUAGCUAUUGCUUGGUAGUGAAAAGGGAAAGAGCCUGCGAUCUAGCUGGCUGAUUCCCCCCUCCCCUCUCCGUCUUCCUUCAGUUCUAAUCAUCAGGGCCGGCAGGAAGAAUGUCGUUUAAAGCUCGUUCCAUCAGGUUACUGGAUUGAUUCUUUUAUGUUUUACAAGAGUUUACUGGCCGAAGCAUAUGUACUCCUUUUGGUCCUCUUUCGGCUCCUGCUUCUCCUCCUUUAUUUCCCUGUCCACGUUACUGCCUCCGUCCCUCUUGUAGAACUGGCUGAGAUGCAGCCCUCUGGACGCUGUCAUGUAAGGGACCCCCGCGCUCCCUCGCUCCUCCCCAUCUCUCAGCCUCACACGUCUGUCUUCUUUUCUGAGCUGGGUCUUCUAUUCACAAGUGCCCCUCACCCUCUGGAUCCAUCUUCUCUCUGUUUCACCAGGCUCCUAGCCUGGCCACCAGGUCUCUCUGAUUCUGCAGCGUUUCUUCAACUCUUUUCUGCUCUCUGCCCCCCAGGUGCAAUGCUUCUUCAUAGGCCAAGCCCCAGGACUCUGAGGCAUCAUAGCCAAGAUCCUGAGUGAGUUUUCUUGAGUAGAAGGUAGGAAGUGGGGGCUGUAGUUCUAUUAGCAGAACAGCUCUGCUGGUGGAGGGUCUGGCCUGCUUGGGAGACUGGUGACUACUGCUCUCAGCCAUUCUUACUUUGAAGAGGUGGGUUGUAGGGGGAGAAAUUCAUCCCUGUUGUCCCUCUUUCUUCCCCGUUAAGACUUCUCCUCUUCCUUUGGCUCUGAACUAUGCGAUUUCUACCAAGGCCGUAGGAAGCAAUCCAAAGCCAGAGGCCUGUGGAUAGAUAGGUCAGGUUUCAUAGCCCUUCAGCAUGAAACCUUCCAGUUGCCCCAGAGCCACCUUCUGCCAUCUGCCCAAGCCAAGAAUGUCCUUUUCUCCAUCUCUCCUGCCUCCAUCUUAAACAUACACACAAAAUAACUGCCAGCUUCCUUUCUUAUUUUGUCUUCCCAAAUUGGCUGUCAUGGGGUAAUGAGGAAAUGUUCUAAGCUACAAGAUUCCCAUCUCCUCAGAGUGAUUAAACUGGUGAGCCAGUCA